AUGUCCAAGAUCCAAGUGUCAGGCGUGCGUGGCUCCGUGAAGGAGGUCAUCGACUACUCGAACGACAAGAAGCGUAACUUUGUCGAGACUGUCGAACUUCAGAUUGGUCUGAAGAACUACGACACUCAGCGUGACAAGCGUUUCAGCGGUACGAUCAAGCUCCCGCACAUUCCUCGUCCCCGUAUGUCGAUCUGCAUUCUUGCCGACGCUGCCGACGUUGAUCGUGCGAAGCUGAUCAACAUCGAGUUCAUGACCGUUGAAGACUUGAAGAAGCUCAACAAGAACAAGAAGCUGGUCAAGAAGCUCGCCAAGAAGUACGAUGCUUUCCUUGCUUCCGAGGCUUUGAUUAAGCAGAUCCCUCGUCUCUUGGGCCCCGGUCUUUCCAAGGCUGGCAAGUUCCCUUCGCCUGUCUCCCACGGCGAGGACCUCGAGAAGAAGGUUGUGGAGGUCAAGUCGACCAUCAAGUUCCAGCUGAAGAAGGUCCUGUGUCUUGGUGUGGCUGUUGGCCACGUCAUGAUGCCUGAGGAGCAGCUUGUACAGAACAUCAUGCUUGCUGUCAACUUCCUCGUCUCCUUGCUGAAGAAGAACUGGCAGAACAUCAUGUCGCUGCACAUCAAGUCCACCAUGGGCAAGGUCCAGCGCCUCUACUAA